AAAGUGGCAUUUGUGGGGGACAGGAUGAUUUCAUGGAGCAAUUUAGCCAACUUCUUUUGGGACUUACAGUGCAAAUUAUAUUUUCUGCUUGUAGGUAUUUGUUCUGCCUUAAAGUUGACAGUACCAUCUCAUACCAUCCAUGGUAUUGAGGGGCAACCACUCCAUCUUACUGUUGACUACAAUUUCAACGUUACAGCUUCUGAGAUUCAGAUAAUUUGGCUUUUUGAGAGGCCUCAGAGUAACCCAAAAUACUUGCUUGGCUCUGUAAAUCAAACAGUAGUUCCAGACUUGGAAUACCAGCACAAGUUUACCCUCAUGCCACCAAAUGCAUCUUUGGUGAUCAAUCCAUUGCAUAUCAAUGAUGAGGGCAAUUAUAUUGUAAAAGUCAAUGUCCGUGGAAAUGGGACAAUAGCUGCCAGUCAAAAGAUUCAAGUAGCUGUUGAUGUUCCUGUCACAAAGCCAAUUGUACAUACGGAACCAUCUUCAGGGGUAGUGGAGUACAUAGGGAAUAUUACCUUAAAAUGUACUGUGAGUAAAGGUACAAGGGUAGUUUACCAGUGGAUAAAAAAUGGGAAGCCUCUCCAUGCUGGUCCUAAUUACACCUUUUCACCAAACAAUGCUACACUUCUAAUUGUUCCUGUUGUAAAAGAAGACAUUGGGAAUUACAGCUGUCUCGUAUCUAACCCUGUUAGUGCAAUGGAAAGUGAGAUAAUUGCACCAACCAUAUAUUAUGGACCUUAUGGACUUAGAGUUAAAUCAGAUAAAGGUCUGAAUAUUGGGGCAGUGUUUACAGUUGACAUGGGGGAAGUUAUACUCUUUGACUGCUCGGCAGAUUCAAACCCACCAAAUACCUACUCGUGGAUUCAAAGGGCUGACAAUACCACUCAUGUAAUCAAAUAUGGACCCCAUCUGGAAGUUGUUUCUGAUGAAGUGGCCCAGAAGACAAUAGAUUACAUGUGCCGUGCUUUCAACAACGUGACUGGAAAACGAGAUGAAACCCACUUCACGGUCGUCAUUACUUCUGUAGGAUUGGAAAAGCUGGCUCAGAAAGGAAAAACUUUGUCGUCUCUUGCAGUAAUAACAGGAAUUUCGUUAUUUUUGAUCCUAGCUAUGGCCUUUUUAUUCAUAUGGAAAAGGUAUCAGCCACAUAAAGUGAUACAAAAGAAGCUGCAGAGCAGGCCAGAGGCUGAUUACAGAAAGGCGCAGACAUUUUCAGGACAUGAAAGUGCUUUGGAUGAUUUUGGGAUAUAUGAAUUUGUCGCUAUUCCUGAUCUUGCCAGUGGUUCUAGGGUUUCAAGUCAAUCUGUUCCAGGCUCUGACUUUGUCCCAGGCCAGGAUAUGCUUAGUACGGUUUAUGAAGUUAUUCAGCAUAUUCCUGACCAGCCGCAACAAGAACAUCAACAGUAA